AAAAAGAGUACCGAUCAGGUAUGGGAACAUAUAAAGCUGAAGACGAUUACGAUUACCUCUUCAAGGUUGUCUUAACGGGAGAUUCCGGUGUCGGGAAAUCAAAUCUACUAUCCCGAUUCACCAGAAACGAUUUUAGCCACGACUCACGCUCGACCAUCGGUGUUGAGUUUGCCACACGUAGCAUCCAAGUCGACGACAAGAUUGUCAAAGCUCAGAUAUGGGACACUGCAGGCCAAGAAAGGUAUCGAGCCAUCACGAGCGCUUAUUACCGAGGAGCCGUUGGUGCGUUACUAGUCUACGACGUGACACGGCACGUGACAUUCGAGAACGUUGAGAGAUGGCUAAAGGAGCUAAGGGACCACACGGACGCAAACACUGUGAUUAUGCUCGUAGGUAACAAAGCUGAUUUGAAUCACCUUCGAGCCAUCUCUACGGAAGAAGUGAAAGAUUUUGCAGAGAGAGAGAACACUUUCUUUAUGGAGACUUCGGCACUCGAAGCUAUAAAUGUAGAAAACGCUUUCACAGAGGUUCUUACUCAGAUUUACAGAGUCGUUAGCAAGAAGGCUCUUGAUGCUGGAGAUGAUCCAACCACUGCUUUGCCUAAAGGACAAAUGAUUAAUGUAGGAAGCAGAGAUGAUGUUUCAGCCGUCAAGAAAUCGGGUUGCUGCGCGACAUAGCACAAAUGAGCUUUUCCUUUUUUCUGUUCUUGAUCUCUUUUGGUGUCAUGGAAAUGUUACAAGAUUGAAUCAAAUGUAAAAAAUAACUGAAAACGGUGCAAUCAUGUAACUUGAAUACAGAACUGUUUUAGCA